AUGGGUAAUGGGCUGGAAUCUUUGGUAGGCGUGAAACAACUGAUCUUUGAAUCAUUCCUCUCCACAGUACUCCUGUGCCGGGGCAAAGCUUUCAGCGAUUUCACCGGACCAGACUGUCGGUUUCUGUCAUUUAAAAAAGGAGAGACUAUAUAUGUCUACUAUAAACUCUCAGGCCAAAGGACAAAUAUAUGUGCAGGGAGUGACCAACUCGUAAUCAAUCACAUAUACACUGAAAUAGAAUUGGAGAUUCCUGCUGAGGAAACCGACAUUGUUUGCUUUGACACUGGACACGAUAAGUUUGACAGUUAUGACAUUGAUUCACUGUUAGGUUCCUCUUUAUUGUUAACAGACAAGGAGGAAUCUGUGCAAGUAACCACAGAGACUUUGUACCUUAACAAAAGUGCUGAGAGCACCACGGUGGAAGUGGAUGAGCCUCCACCUGAAGUGACACUGUUAGAAAAUGAUGAGAUUGAUAGGGAUGUACCUGAGGACAUUGAUAAGGUUGUAGAGGUUCCAGAUAAUGAUGAUCUGAGACAUUUUGAGGCUUUAGAGUCCUCUCUGCCUCAGCCUGAAACUCUUGACACAAAGGGAGUGGAAUCUAACACUGUACUUGAGACCACAGCUGAGAGGAUCAAAGAUUACCUUCAGAAAGAUCAGCAGAGGACAGAGGACUCUGUGCCGUACAGUGUUGUUGAACCAGAGGAAGGUGAGAUCAAAGAAACCCCCUCAGAACCUGAAUCCAAAGAUGAUCCUGAGUUAGAAAAUGCACCUGAUGGUUUUUCAGAAGGCAGAUCUAUUCCUGAGUUAAACACCACACUAGGAAUAACUUUUGAUGCUGUCACUUCCAAUGAUAAGGACACUUGGAAGGUGACUCCAUAUGACGAGGAAAGUGAUAAGACUGAAUAUCACCAGGAUGAGGAAAGUGAUUAUCAUCUCAGGGAAACUCCAUUGCUGGCUUUUCCUGAAGAAAGUUCUAAUUUGGAACACGAGAACAUUCCAGAAUCUGAUCAGACAGAUGAGGAAGACAGUCUAUCAGAGGUACCUCAUACACAGAAACAGGACUCCAAGGACAAUAACCUGUGGUCUGCAUUUGGUGAUACCGUUUUUAACAUUGUCAGUGGUGGGGAAAGAAUAGCUUAUGUUGCUGGUUCAGAGGAAGAUGACGAGGAGGAUGAUGACGAAGGUGAGAUUACACCAGAGGAGCCUCCCAAAAUUGAAGAACCCAAGGAGUCAUUUGGCUGUUCUACUUCCUCUGAGCUAAUCUUUGAGGAACCUGCAGACUCUAAUUUCAGUGAGGAUGCUGUCAAAGUACCUGAUGAGGAUUCUCAGACGUUGCAGUUUGAGGAUGAAUCUGAAGAAGGUGACAUCGAACCUUCAACACCUCCUGCUGAUGAGGCGAGUCCCUUUGAACACACUGAGGCUUUAGCAGAGAAUCUCACAGAAGAUGACAGCCCAGUCCCUAAACAGCUCUCACAGACAGACAUGCUCUCAGGCUUUGAUAGUAAAAUGAACAAAUCAGAGCAGAAACAAGCUGUUGAAGAACUCCCCAUACAAAAAGAGGAGUCAAUAGAUUUCUCACAAGUAGAGAAUACAUUUAAACAGGGUGGUACAGAGCUUUUCAGACUAUUUCGAGAACCAUACCAGAAGGUCCCAGAUCCAAGUAGAAACACAAUGGUGAAAGAGAGCCAUCAAGAACUCCCCAUAGAGGAGGAGGAUUCAAUACACCUAGAGGGGGAAGAGAUUGAGGAAGAGUUGCUAGAGGAUGAAAAUGCAGUAUUAUCUUCAUCCAAAACUGAGCACACUGAUGAAAAUGACACAGAAAGUCUAUCUGAAUUUGGGUCAGAGCAACCCAAUAAUUAUACACAAACCGAUGUUGUAUCCAGUGAUGUGUUGGAUGUGGUCCAACACGACGAGGCUAUUGACAUAGAACCUGAGGUGCAUGAGACUGAAAAUGGUGCUGAAAGCCACACACCCUCACUUAAAGAUAAAGUUUUGGAUCCCCUUCCAAACAAAGAGGCGGAAUACAGUGACAAUGUGUUGAGGCCGACACUAUUGCGACACCGCUGCAAGGAGGAAGAUAUGGAGCGCCUCCUAAAGAUUCUCGGUCCUCAGAACCUCUUUAGGUUGGAGUUCCUUUUUUUUGACCUGGAGCUGAAGGCUGCCCUGCUGUCCCAGACAAACGCCCGUGAGGACAUUGAAAAGGUGCUGGAAGCCAUUUUGGAAGCCUCUGAAACCCCAAUCCUGGAUGAGUUUGAGAUGAUGCUGGAUGCCCAUGAGAACGCUGAACAGCAGCAGGAUGCUGGUGAGUUUGUUGAGGAAACUUCCAUCUUGGAAGACUUCCAGGAAUUGGUGUUCACCCUGCGUCAGAAGUACUCAACGGCCAGAAGCAGUGCUCCCAUGGCAGUGGGCAGUCAACUACACCCUGACACAGAUGGGAAUAUGUCUGAAAAUACCUUGGACAUGGGACUUAGCGUAGACAUGGAUCACCCUCCCUCAGGAUCUCUGGAGUCACCUGCUGUCACUGAUUUCCAUGAAGAUGAGCAGAGUGGUUCAUCAUUCGUAUCAGUGCUAAUUUUAUCUGGUUGUCUCGUCACUCUGUUUUAUGAGUAUCUUGGAAUACAUGGUGUUAUGAUGGUCACCAGCCUGCCAGAGCACUGGAAGCCAGGUCCAGACUUCUACGGCGUGUCCUGUGAACCCGUGCUGGUCACUGCAGGUGCCGGGGUCAUCGGCUUCCUCUUCUGGAGGAGCAUUCUAUCUGUCAAAAGCAAGUCAUAUCUAAAAAUGGUGGACAGGAUGAAAAAGCUUGAACAAGAGAAGAAGGAGAUACUCCAAAAGGUCGCUGAACUGCAGCAACAGGGCGAAGAACUUAAAGAAAAGCAAAAGCUGUCUGAAAAAUCUGCCACUUUAUCUCUGGAGAAGAUCCAGGAAUUGGAGAAUAUUGUGCCAGAGAUGGAGAGACAAAAUGAGCGCCUGGACGAGGAAAAUAACUUACACGCCAUAUCCUUUGACAAAGAGCGGGCCAAUACUGCGAAACAUGAAGAUAUGAUGUCCGAAAUGGACAAAACCAUUGAGAAGUUGAAGCGCAGCAAGAAGAAGACCCAGGAUGCACUCUCGAAGUCUACCAUUUUGAUGGAUGAAGCCAAACUCCGCGAAGAUGCCCGGAAUGUCCAGGUCCAGGUUCUGGAGAAGGAUUUUGCCACCCUGAAGGAGGAGAACCUCUCGCUGCACCAUGCUGCCAAGUUGUGGGAGGAGAAGAACAGGGAGACAAGCGAGCAGAUCAAAGUCUACCAGAAGUCCCAGAAAGACCUGGAGGAUUCCCUCCUUCAGAAGGCCCACAACGUUCUAUCUGACCUGCUAGGAGACCUGGAGGCCUGCGAUGACCUGAAAGGUGGAGUUGUUGCUAACGGGGUAGCCUCUAACGGUCCAGACCACUCUGUCUGCUGUGGAGGAAGAGCGCGAUCGCUUCAUGACAAAGCUGCUGAACGAAGAGAAGUCCAGGAAAGAGCUGGAAGAGCAAUUUCAGAACUAGAGCAUGACAUCUUGUUGGUGAAAAGUGACAAGAACCACCUGGAGAACCAGUACAAGACCCUGCAGCAGAAGAAUGACAUCAUGACAGAGAUGUACCAGCAGAAGGAGAACGCUUUGCAGCAGAAAUUGACCAAGGAGGAGUUUGAGCGCCCCAACAAGGAAGACCGGCUGACGGAGAUGGACGGCAAGGCCCUAGAGGAGGAGGUCAAGGUGUGUAGGCAGCGCGUUAAGGAGAUCCAGGACGAGCUGAAAUGGACCGAGAAGUUCUACAAAGCUCAGAUCAUUGAGCAGGAGCAGAAAUCUCACGAGAACUGGGUGAUUGCACGCGCCGCAGAGCGAGCUCUGUUCGACUAGAAGAAGGAAACAACUAACAUUUGUAACUU